AUAAGUGGAAUAAGGGUGGGGGUAAUUUCUCUCUCCCUCUUCUUUGAGCAUUUCAGGGAAGGAAGGAAGGCAGGAAAAAAGAAACCCAGUUUAUUACUCUGUUCAACUUAGCAGAAUAAAACUACCACCACCAUGGAUAUUAAGGAAUAUUUUGCAAGAAUUUCCUACAAAGGCCCCCAGGACAAGCCAGAUUUCGAAACCUUAACGGCAAUCCUUCAGCAUCACAUCCGAUCCGUGCCAUUCGAAAAUCUCAGCAUGCACUGUGGCGAAAGCAUGGAGCUGGAUCUAGAACCCAUCUACAACAAAAUUGUGAAGAAGAACCGUGGCGGGUGGUGCAUAGAAAAUAACCAGCUUCUGUUCUGGGCCCUGCAGACCAUGGGCUAUAAGAUCAGCCUCUUGGGGGCGUACGUUUACAACCCUCCUCUAAAGACCUACAGUAAGUCCAUCGACCACCUCCUGCUAAAAGUGAUGCUUGGCAGCAAAACCUACAUAAUCGAUGGCGCCUUUGGAUUAGCCUAUCAAAUGUGGGAGCCGAUGGAACUGGUUUCUGGGAAGGACCAGCUCCAGAUGCCGGGCAUCUUUCGUUUCACCGAAGUCAAUGGGAUGUGGUACUUUGACAAACUGAAGCGCAGGCAUUACAGCGCCGAUGCAGACAACCGAUCGCUUUUAUUUGACAGCCUAGAAGACACGACUUGCAAAAAGGUUUACUCAUUCACCCUGGAGCCACGGAUGAUAGAUGAAUUCCAAGCUCCAACCGCCUAUCUCCAAACAGCUCCCGAUUCCCUCUUUGUAAAUAAGUCAAUCUGCAGUCUCCAGACCACCACUGGCUUUCAGGUUUUGAUAGGGUGGACAUUCACCGAAACCACUUAUAAUUACAAAGACAACAUGGACCUCGUAGAAAGAACUACCCUUACUGAUGAGGAAGUGGAGGGAACGCUGCAGAAGCGAUUCAACAUAAGAUUAGACAAGAAGCUUGUCCCUGUUAACAACAGCUUAAUACCCACGUGUCCACUAGAGUAGCCACCAGAUCUGAAAUAAUAGAACAUCUGGAAGCAAAAUUUGUAGGAUAUAGCUUGCAUGAAAUGACCAAAGGACUUUUAAAGGAAGCAAAACAAAGUUUUGAUUUCUCGAGGGGGUGGGGGGUGCACCUAAGCUGCUGUUGAGCUUCACUGAAAGUAACGUCUCAAGACACAUUUGGAGGUUCUCAGUCAAGCAUCAAUCAUGGGGCUGGUUUCAGCUACAGGAACUGGUACUACUCAUUCACAAGCAACUCUGUUUGAGGGACCCAACCAUAUAUCAGGAUGAAUUCCUUUCCAAAAUGAAUGGUAAAUGAUGCUUGAGAUUUAUCUCAGAUCCUACGGACCUCUGAAUCCAGAUGACAAUGGAUCCUAAGUCAACAGAUCCUAAUUUAAAGUCCUGGCUGGCUUGGGCCUUGGACACCUUAGGGACCAUUUGCUUCCAACUGAAUCUACCUACCUGACUAGAUCAGCUGUUCUGGUUCGCAUACUGAAACCUAUUGAGACCCAUUUUUUGAGCAUGCAAGACAGGGCCUUCUCAGUUGCUGCCCCCAAGAUGUGGAACUUGCUCACAGAUAAGAUUCCGCAUGGCUCCCAUUCUCACAGACUUCAGGAGGAGAGUGAAGACUGGCCAUUUAAUUCAGGCUUUUGACCAAUGAGCUGUCCUUGCUCCUUUUAAUUUUUUUAGCUAUGUUUUGUUCUGUUUGUAUGUUAUAUUGAAUUGUAUUGUUUCAUCCCAUUGUUAACUGCCCUGGGGCCUUAGAAUGAAGGGCAGUAUAUAAAUAGAAAUAAUUCAAAAUUAUGCCCAACUGGAUCUCAGAGUCCAGAGUUAGAUCUGCUACACUAUAACAAGGAGAGCUCUUAGCGGAGAAUUCAGCCUGCACCUUUUGCCAUCCUUGAUGGAAGAUUGUGUUGCAUUCCUUUAAGUUUACACUGUUGUAUCAGUGGAGACCACAUUGUAUCUCCUCUUCAGUAAUUUCUGAAAACUUGUAGAACAAGUUCCUCUUCUCCUCUUCACUGGAUGACUACAAACAUUCAUCAGCAAACCGACAUAACACAGAAAAUCAUGUGGUAGGCUCAAAGUUCAUGUUCAAACUUGGCUAUUUUUGCUUUUCCAGAUGCAAAUCAAGGUCCUGACUUUUAUGCUUUGUGUAUUGCUAGUUGCAAUUCUGUUUUUGAGUGCUGACUGUAGGUUGAACAAUCUGGAACAAUUUGCUUUAAGGAUAUGCAAUGGGUACUCUUGGUAUGUUCAGCGGCCUUUAGUCAUAAAUGGGUUGGCUUCAUCUUUGUCGUCUGGUUUUAUGACUGUGUGCUCUUCUUGUUUGGAUCAGUUACUUUUUGUAGUGGCCAAUGGCCAAGGCAAAUAAAACAAUGACCCAGAAGUGGGGAAGAA